UGGCAAAACACGGGUAUAACACACACGCACACCCUUAAAGUGCACUCAACUCCUCCUCCUCAAUUACUCACAUUUGGCUGCGACGACACGAGGACACACCGCUUGCGACUAGGAACAGGUCUUUUUCAGAGAAUAUGUGGCUAUAAACAAGAACUUGGCAUUAAAGUUGCCAUCUUUAAAGGCGUCGAUUAAUUUGUAUUAGUCAUUCACUGGAGCCUUCUGCUGUGCUGAAGUUGGACAUCUUUUGAAAUGACAAAGCGACGCAGAGGAAGCGAAAACACCAAGAAGAUGCAAACAGUAGUAAAAUUCGACAGGUUGAAAUUGUAGUUGAAAUUUCCAUACAAUUUCAGGAUUAUUUUUUAAUCGGCGAUGAGAAAAAAUGGAUUUUCGAUGAAGUGCGUCUGCAACCCCCUCUAUCCUCAGGCCGAAAAGAAAAACUGCCGAGUUCAUUUUAACUGUAUGAUGACACACGCCUUUCCAAUUGAAAAUUGCCCAUCGAAACACUUCAGACAAGCGUUACAGCAGUGGCUUCCGUAGUUGGUAACCUGCACAAAGUUCUGGAAUGCACCGACAUCCUUGUGUGCGUUCUGUGCAUCGUUGAUGUGUGCUCUGUAGGUCUAUUUGCUUUGGGGAAAAUAAAUCGAUAAAAUAACAGCAAAGCAUUAGCUUCUGAGUGGGAUCUGAGUGUUAUAACAGCUCUUUCAUGACAGAAGUCUUAUGAACCGCAAAGGGCCAAAGCUGUAUAUUACGGAAGCAAACACGUGUUUUUCGCUCCCGUCCGCGAUGCUUUUCCACGGCCUGCACGGAGGCGACAUUCACGGAGUGAUGGAAGAAAUGGAACGCAGAGGCAAGAGCGACUCAGCUGCUAUCAGCUCGGCCAUAGAUAUGGGCGAGAGAGAAACGGGUAUGCCAUCAAUGACCAGUGAGCGGGUGGCACUGUGUGCGGGCUGCAGAGGGAAAAUUUCCGACCGCUAUUACUUGCUCGCAGUAGACAAGCAGUGGCACAUGCGCUGUUUAAAAUGUUGCGAGUGCAAACUCAACCUGGAGUCUGAGCUCACCUGCUUUAGUAAGGAUGGAAGUAUCUACUGCAAGGAAGACUAUUACAGAAGGUUUUCGGUGCAGAGGUGUGCUCGCUGCCAUCUCGGGAUUUCGGCCUCGGAAAUGGUAAUGCGAGCUCGGGACUUGGUGUACCACUUAAAUUGUUUCACAUGCACUACGUGCAACAAAAUACUGACGACAGGCGACCAUUUUGGCAUGAAGGACAGUCUCGUGUACUGCCGUUUACACUUCGAGACGCUCGUGCAGGGAGACUAUGGGCACUUCACUCACACGGACGUGGCUCCAAGUAAAACGCUUAGUACAGCGGGGGCGCUCGCGCUCUCCUACUACAACGGAGUGGGCACGGUACAGAAAGGACGCCCGAGGAAACGGAAAAGUCCCGGCCCCGGAGCGGAUUUGGCCGCAUAUAACGCAGCACUAAGCUGUAAUGAAAAUGAUGGGGAUCUAAUGGACAGAGACUCUCAGUACAGUUCUGGUCAAAAGACCAAGAGAAUGAGGACUUCCUUCAAGCACCAUCAGCUAAGAACCAUGAAGUCCUACUUUGCUAUUAACCACAAUCCUGAUGCCAAGGAUUUAAAACAGCUGGCACAGAAAACAGGUCUUACAAAGCGUGUACUUCAGGUCUGGUUCCAGAAUGCCAGGGCCAAAUUCCGACGAAAUCUUCUGCGUCAAGAGAACAAUGGGGUGGAGAAAACAUCAGAUGGGUCAACUCUAGCUGGUGGAACCCCAUCUGGUCCAGCCUCAGAAAUUUCAAAUGCCUCUAUGAGCCCAUCUAGCACUCCCACUACACUGACAGACCUUACUAACCCUACAAUGCCCACAGUCACCUCUGUACUGACCUCCGUACCAGGCACCUUGGAUGUGCAUGAAUGCCGGAGUCCAUCGCAGACCACACUCACCAGCCUGUUCUGAUGUCUGUCAUUCACUUAAUAAUUACCAUUGACUCUUACAACUUUGUCGUUACAGAAAACAUCCUGUUUUUCUUAUAUUGUUAUGAAACCAUCACUGAUUCACUUUACUUAGACACUACAUUAUAAAGUCUGUACCACAUACACCAUUCCUAGCCCUGAUGCUCACAAAUUCUGUUUGUAAAAGUUAUAGUGGAGCUUUGAUUAAUGUCAUAAACUUUGCAAAUGUACAAGUUACAGAUGUUCCUGGACAUUGUUUUCAACUGACAUAACAAAAUGCAACUUGUUGCUCAUCCCAAAUAGAAACAGAAUUAGAAAUCUUUUAAAAGAAACAAAAUAUUGUUAGUUUCUUUUAAAGUAUUGCAUAAAGAUUGGCAUGCCUCAGUGAAAGGUCAAAUUACAUUUUUGUACUCAAAAUAUUAUUUUUAUUUUAAUUUUACUCAACAUUGUUAAAAGCAUAAUACUGUGGAUAGAAGUGUUGUUCUUAUAUGAGAAUUAACUUUUUUCUUCAGCUUUUUAUUUAAGUAACUGCACACAGGGGUCAAUGUAAGGAAAAUUUAUUAUAAUGUGAAUAAGUUUUUACAAACAGUAAAAAUCUAACUGUCAUGUGCCUUACACUGCAUUUAAGUAACACACCAUGUCCAUUUUUUACUGAUGAAAUUAAUAGAAUUUAAAUGUGUAUUUUAUCAAUCGAAGCAACAAGGUUGAGUAGCUCUGUUUUAACAAAGAGAGUUAAAUGCAGGCAUGUACUUUUGUUUCUCUCUCUUCAUUUAUACUGAUCUGUCUUUCACCCUUUCACAUUUUUUCUCCUCUGAGAAAAGAUUAUUUAUGUAUAAGAUUAUUUAUACAUAUAAAUAAUCUUAACUCAACAUUUUACCUCAUUAAGAAUACACUGGAUAUAAUAGCACAGCAGCUAAAACCUUAAUACACACUUCAUCUUAGCCAAAAAAAGAGUAAAGUAAGUGCACUGAAAAAAAUGCCAGUUUGUUUUCUAUAUCUAAUAGUUGCAAAGGAACUUGCUAAGAACACUAUAAUGUAAAUGAGUAAAAAUUGUCAAAUUGUUUUCUAAACUCAAAUGAAACAAAAUUAUACGUUUGAUGUGGAUGAAUGUUUUUUUUUUUUUUUUUUUUCUCAAUUUAUUACAAUGUCACAGUGUUGGAAACAGGUUGAAUAUAUCCAUGCUGACCAUAGUCUUCUUGUUGAAGAUGCUGUAUGGUUUAGAUUUACAUCUGUGGUGUUUCUUUGAGCAUUCCUCACAAUAUCCUAUUUGAUGUAAAUGUUCAGGUCUGUACAAAUAUAUAUAAACAAA